CUGCGGGCGCCUGCGCAGUGGGGAGGGUCGCCCUCGCGCCCGGGCGCCGCUGGAGAGUCCUCGGAGCUUGGCUGCGGCUGCUGGACUCAGAACCGCCGCACCAUGGCGGAGGAGGAGCUGGAGGCGCUGAGGAAGCAGAGGCUGGCGGAGCUGCAGGCGAAGCACGGGGAUCCUGGCGAUGCAGCACAACAGGAAGCAAAGCACAGGGAAGCAGAAAUGAGAAACAGUAUCUUAGCCCAAGUCCUGGAUCAGUCAGCCCGGGCCCGCCUAAGUAACUUAGCGCUUGUAAAGCCUGAAAAAACUAAAGCAGUAGAGAAUUACCUCAUACAGAUGGCAAGAUACGGGCAACUAAGUGGGAAGGUAUCAGAACAAGGUUUAAUAGAAAUCCUUGAAAAAGUAAGCCAACAAACAGAAAAGAAAACCACAGUUAAAUUCAACAGAAGAAAAGUCAUGGACUCUGAUGAAGAGGAUGAUUAUUGAGUUUAAGAUGUUUAGAGACUGGAACUUAAUGGAACAGUUCUAGGACAGAUAACACUUGGUGGAAGUAAAGAUCUGAUUGUUUACUUUGUUUAUUGUCUAUAUGCCUUUUAAAAAAAUAAACUUGUUAUGCAAAAUAAAACAAUUUGGGCAAAGUUUUUUUUGUACCAUAGCCGAAUGAACAGAUCUGCGUUUGGAAUUUUUUCUUUCAUACCAAAAGUUUAUAAACGUGUAGCAGCAUGAAUAUAUUCUUUGUAACUGUGACAUUAGUGUUAGGAAAGUGGCCUUUGCAGAAAUAGACGCUGGCUUACUCUUCAGUAAGAAGGAAAUAGCAUCCAGUAACAUGGUAGUUAAAACCCAUGGAUUGAGAGGAAUCAACUUUUAAUGUUUAACAUCUAAUAUUUCCAAAAUCUAGGUUCUGAAACCAGGUACACUAUUCUUCCUGAACAUAAUCUGUAUGUUUAAGGUAAGGAAAUUCCUUGCUUUGGUUUCAUUUAUAACCUACUUUUCAGAGGCACUGAGACUAUAUUAUCUUAACAAAUAUUACCCCAAUCCAAGACAGUGGUACUUGCAUUGCAGAAAAUUACCAAAAUAACUAGGAGACACUGAUAGUAAUACUGGAACGAUAACCAACAUGUUGGAAACAAAGUAAGUGCCUUCUAACUUUAGUAGUUAAACAUUUUGGUAGAAUUGUUGGAGUUCUUCACCGAUAAAACUGCAGGUAAUUUAAAGCACAUGUCAUCUAUUGUGCUUUCCUCCCACUAGAUUUUGAAACCUUUACUCAUAAAUUUACUUCUCAAGUGAGCUCUUCGGUGUAACCUUUUAGAGGCCUCAGCCCAGGAGUAAGUUCAGAACAUUUAAUAUGAAGGGAAUAGGAUUGGUGACAGGAAAGUAACAGGAAAAAUGGUUUAGAAUCCCAGUCUCUCUAAUGAGCAUACUGCUGAUCUAUAUCUAAACUGUGUAUUUGAGAUGUUACUCAUUUGGGGACUUGAAAUUUGGAACUGUGGCCAAGAAAGUCCGCGUUGGAGCAUCUAGCAUUCCUGAAUAAACAAACUAAUGAGUAGAACUUUUAACAUCAAAAAUUUUUAAAAGGAACAGAAUUAGAGUCAAAUACAAGUUUUGCUCAGGGAUUUUGGGGGGG